UCUGCAGAGAGAAGCUGCCGCUGAGGCACCAUGGCAGCCCGGGCGCUUUAUAGGCCGGGCAGUACGCCGUGACUGUGGCCCUGAGGGCCCCUGUGCUUACAGCUGCAGCCUGGGGUCAUAGGUCCGGGCUGAUAUAUAAGUACGCGUCCUGUAUGUAAAGCAGCCGCAUCUGACACAGACUCCAUGGAGCCGCAGGCAGACCCUGACAGUAAGACGCCAUAAUGGCCUUUCUAUUGGGGGGUGCGGUGCAGUUUUGCUGCAGAGGAAGCGGAAACUGACAAAUGUUGCAAUAGGAUUAAUCUUUCUGCUGAGUGGCAUUGAAUAUGCUGUGAUCCUACCCACUGUCUGGAUGUUCCUGCAGUCACUCGAUGCUCAGCCAUUCUUUCUAGGUCUUGUUCUAUCUGCAUUCAGCCUUACAGAACUAUUGUCUGGCCCCAUGUUUGGUUAUUGGUCAGACAGUACAGGAAAAACUAAGAACGUCAUCCUAUUGAGCAACUGCUUUGAGAUUGCAGGUAAUUUUAUGUACUUUGUUGGAAUCUCUAAGUGGUUUCUUCUGGGCAGUCGUCUAGUAGCAGGUGUUGGUGCAGGAGCUGGUGCUUCAAUAUUUGGGUAUUUGACCAGAUGUUCUAGCUCCAGGGAUCGUAUACCAGUGUUUGCAAUGGCCAUGGCAUGUCGUCAGGCAGGGCUUUUAAUAGGGCCGGCAUUUAAUGUCUUCCUAAGAUAUUGCACCUUUCAGAUUGGACCAUUCCAUGUGGACAAGUUCUCCGCUCCUGGUAUCUUCAUGUGUGCUCUUUGGGCACUGAUGCAGUUUGUGGUGAUUUUUAUGUUUUAUGAUCUUCCACCAAAUCCUUCACCACAGCAUGAGCGGGAACCCCUCUUGAAGCAGACAGACAUUCAGAGUCCCUUAUAUGGCGCUAUCAACUGUGUUCAUGACCCAUCAUCCAACCAGGAUGAUUUUUCCAGCAUGGAGAAUUCAAGCCCUCCUUCAACUCUUCCAAUAACAAAUAAUCAUAUUCUUUCUCAAAGUGCUGAGUUAAAUGAAACCACUAAGCAACCAAUCAUAGGGUUGGUAAGGGAGGAGGUUGUGGUGCUUCUGGCUGCUCAGUUUGUGACGUUCUUUAAUCAGACAGCACUGGAGACUUUAGUGACGCCUCUAGCUCAAACAUAUCUUGGCUUUGAGGAUCUGCAGAACUCGCUGAUUUACUUUCUCUGUGGGAUUGAGAUGUUGAUUGGUUUCCUUGUGGUGCGUAUCCUUAGCCGCUGCUGUUCAGAUCGCAUCCUCCUGGUAUUUGGACUUUGUAUCUGUAAUAUAUCCUGCAUUUGGUGUCUCCUGUUCUUGGCAAAACCCAAAGGAACUUAUGGCUUUCUUCUGGCAGAGUUUGUGAUUGGCGUUUUUCUACAAGUUCUUGGACUGCCAUUUGUAUCAGUGUCACAGGUGUCUUUAUUUUCAAAAGUAACUGCUGAAAAAACUCAAGGGUUCAAUCAUGGACUACGAAGAUCGGUUGGUGGUGUGGCCACAAUCCUGGGACCUUUGUGGGCAGCAGGUUUAACACAAAAUCUGUAUAUUAUGCUGGGAACUAUGAUGGGUCUGCUUCUUCUAAUCAGUGUAAUGGUCAUUGUGUCGUACAAGUACCUAGUAGAACCUCCUGCAUCAGAGGACCAAUCUUCAUGAAGAAUAGCCUGUUCCUUGGACUGUUUAGCAUUGCACUUACUGUAAAGUCAAUUUAGGCUAGGCUUCCUUGUGAGCCAUAAGUCUUAGAAAUUCUGUUCGGUAAUCAUAUUUUACAGUUUCUUUUUUCCAUAUGAGAAAAAAAAGUUGCAAAAUAGAUGUUUGUUUGUUUGGCUUCCAAAUUUCUCACAGAGAAGUAUUUAGGUUUGUCAAUCCUACAAUUUUACCUUGACUGGGGAGUGACACCAUGGAACCCUAGUAACAAGGAGUAUAUAUAAAUGGCUGUGAGAAGCAAGGUCUGUAUUGAGCGAAGCCUUGAGAUAAAUCUCUGUUCAUCUUGGAAUUGAUAAUAUAUGUUCAUUUGCUGUCAUCUUCAAACAAAUCUGAUAAUAUGUACCAAAGCCAACAUAAAGCUGUGUAAAUUAAAUUCCCUAAAUGAUGUUCCGCUAAUGUUUUGAUGGUCACACUUGCAAUUAUUUUGCAUUGAAGAGUAAUAGUCCACUGUUAGGACAUAGUCUUAUGCUGGAGCCCUCUAUGAUGGCACAUUAGGACUUUGUGUGCCUUCAUAUAAUAUCAGAUGCAAUAUAAGCACACAACAAUCGAUGGAAGCUGUAGUCCUGGAUCUGUACUACAGAUCUGUAAUAUCGCAUUGAAUAUGAUCCCUUACUACAAGUAGUGGUUCAUGUUAGAUAGAAUGUAACUAUAUAAUAGAAAAUUAAAUUCUUUGGUUUAAAAGAAAAUAAAAUUGCAAAAAAGGCUCAAUUGCUUAUUUUGAUGAAUGCAUUGUAUAUGUAUUUGUUUUAUGGAAUAGUAAUUUGAGUAUUAAAAGGAUUGUUCU